AUGGUCAAUCCCAACUUCUCCAUCCGUCCCAGCCGCGAGGCCGACAUGCUUCGCUGCGCCGAGAUCAUGAACGCCUCCUUCUCGCCGGACCCCAUCGGGCCGCUUCUCUUCGGCCCGCACACGCCGUCCUCGUGGGCCGCCACCGCCGCCGUGCACUGGCGCGCGCACACCGAGCAUCUCGCCUCCUUCCCCUCCGUGCCCUUCGCCAUCCACUGCGUGCACACCGACCCGUCCACCGGCGCCGAGACCAUCGUCGCGACGGCCGAGUGGGCCGUGUACGACCGCGUGCGCACGGCUGCCGAAUGGGUCGUCGACCCGUACACGAACCGCCUCGAGUACGUGGAGCCGGCCUCGGCGCGGGCCGGCGCGCAGGCGAUGCUCGGGCCGGUGGUCGCCGCGCGGCAGGACUUUGUCAAGGGGCGGCCGUACGGGCUGUUGACGUUCAUGGCGGUGGACCCGACGUGGAGGAGGCAGGGCGCGGCGACGGCGUGCGUGCGCUGGGGCAUGGAGCGGUGCGCGGAGGUGGGCGUGCCGGCGUACUUGGAGGCGACGGCGGAGGGGAUGAAGGCGUACGCGAGCAUGGGGUGGGAGAGGGUGGACGUGGGCAGGGAGCUGGUGUACCCGCCGAUGAUGUGGUGGCCGGAGGGCGUGGAGCGGUGGGCGGACGUGAAGGAGGUGAAGGAGGCGGACGGGACGAAGGUGGUGAAUGGAACGGAGGAGGAUUUUACCAUUGGCCAGUCAGAAGUUUUCGAGUUGAAGGGGCAGUGA